GAGCACUUCUCCAUAUACCCUUGGACUCCCACUCCUCCAACCCAUACACCUUCCUCCACAGCUGACUUCCAUCCAUCUCCUUGCUUGCCCUUUAUCCCUGUAUCUCCCGUUUGUUUAUCAUUCAAUUGCUUGCUACUUCAGUUCCACAAAUAUGAGCUCUCCAACCGCACGAGCCACCAACACGACCGUGAAGAAAAAGACUGUAACGACUUCUUUGAGCAGCAGCGCCAAACGCAUACAAAAGGAAUUGGCGGAGAUCAACUUGGAUCCACCCUCGAACUGCAGCGCGGGACCCAAAGGAGACAACCUGUACGAAUGGGUAGCGACGAUCAUGGGUCCGAGUGGAUCACCCUAUGCCACGGGCGUCUACUUUCUCGACAUUCACUUUCCUCAGGAUUACCCCUUCAAGCCUCCAAAGAUCAUAUUUCGCACCCGGAUCUACCACUGCAACAUCAACAACCAAGGCCAGAUCUGCCUAGACACCUUGAAGGACAAUUGGUCGCCCGCCUUGACUAUCUCGAAGGUUCUGCUUUCGAUCUGCUCGCUUUUGACGGAUGCCAAUCCUCAUGAUCCUUUAGUUGCCAGUAUCGCCAACCAGUACCUGAAUGACCGGGAGGAACAUGAUCGAAUUGCGAAAGAUUGGGCCAAGAGGUAUGCCAGCUAGAUAGCAUGCGCAAACCUCUAUAUGGGACCUUUUCUAUCUUCGAUCUAUUAAAUAUGAAUGACUAAAGUUUCAGAUCUGUU